AUGGCCUCGCCGCCUCUCACACCGCUACGGCGCUCCUUCUCACACAACAGCAAUUCCUCGUCAAACCAUCGCCUGUCGACAGCAUCGCGCUUCUCCAAUGGCAGCCAAGACUUCGCUUCACACCUGGACGCCUCGGCUGGAGCAUCUGGCAUGGGAAAUCUCGCAGACGAACUCGAUUUUGCCGACUCGGAUGAUGAAGACUGGGACUACGACGGUGAGGCUGAGCCAGAAUCCGUGCAAGAAGCUGGGAUAGAACAUGUACUGGGCGAGGGAACGCGACAUGAUGAAGACCCGAGAGACAGCGGAGUUCAUGUGGAACAGAAGACAAACACAUCACUACCACAUCGGAACUCUUCUCAGCCAGCCGCUCGUGAUGUCGAUUCCGAAUCUUCAAACAUCUUCUCGCACGAGCUGGAGGAUGCCUUGGCUCAAAUCUCACGCCUCGCCAAUCCUGUCUCGCAUCAGAACCCUGACACCAUCUCCCGUACCCUUGUUGCCUUGCAAAAUCUACCACCUCAGCAAUCACUCGAAGUUCACACCCAGCGCCUGACCACGUCCACUAACAGUCUUUCGUCACACAUCAUACAACAAACAAAGCACUUCGCUUCCCUCUCUGCGUCUCUGUUUGCUCCUUUUGGCUUCGGUGUCCCCCUCGACUUUCAAAUCGUCGACGACGAAGUGGUGCCUGCCAUCGGUCAAGUCAUACAAAACCUGCCAGCUCCAGAUCCACGUGCCUUGCAAAACCUCUCACGUCUCGAUCGCGAAACCACCGACCUGAUACAAACACUCGCUGCUCUGUCCGAUUCGUUGCAAAUGGGUCGCCAGACUACCGCUAGCGCGGCACGUCAUUUGAGGAAUACUCAGCUUAUGGUUUCUGAGAUGCGUCGGGAGAGCGAUCUAGCAGAUCAGGCACAAUGGCUCAUUGAAAAGGAGGAUUGGGACCAUCGUCUUGCGGAGAGAUAUUGUGCCAGCGAAUGCCGUGAUGUCGUUGGUGGCUUUGAGCAAGUCUUUGAGGGGUUGAGGAGAGGUUUGGAAGAGAAGAUUGCGGCUUGA